AUGGGCAAGCGCCUUGGAAGAUAUGUCGAGCUGAUGGGAGAUAACAUCAUUGGCAUAUACCUCUCGAGCGAGCCGCUGUGCGACUCGAAUCAGACGACGGAAGAUGAUGAACCAAAACUACGGCGCUUCAUCCACGACCAAGAAACCAUUCAAAACCUCCGUCGGCUUGGUCAUGGAGAACACGGCGUCGUGGUUUCGGCCGAUAUCGAAGGAGCUAAUUAUGCCCUGAAAAUCUUUAAGGAGUGGAAGCAACCCGGCCCCGUCUUCUACUCGAACCAUGACGCCAUAUACAUCACACCGCUUGCGUGCGAGUGUGCUAUGGAUGGAUGA